UUCUACCUCCAAGCUAAAGAAGUAGCCUUCCCAAAACUCAACAGAAAUAAAGCAAUGGAUUUGGUCGAGAACGAAAAGGAUAACAGAGAAGUAGCUUUUGGGAUGAAGUCAAGCGCUGAAGGCUCUAGCAGGAACUCUACCAAUACUAUAAACUCAAACAAGCCAAUGAAGAGAUCAAGCAUUGCUGUGAGUGGGUCACAACCAAACCUUCAUUCCAUGAAACAGCUGGAGGAGAAUAAGUACGACACUGAAAGAAUUUACCAAAAAUUUAAUAAAAUGAAAAAGGCUAAACCAAAGCCUAAACCUGAUCUAGGAAUCAGACCGUUUGAACCACCAAAUCUUCAGAGUGAGUUUGAAGCGAAUGAGAAUUUGAUUAAUGGGAAGGAUAACAAAGUCAUCAAGCCAAGAAAGUUACAUGCCUUACAACAUGGGGUACCCAUGAUCUCCCCGUUCAGUACUCUUAACGAGCCGAUAGAUCUCAAUCGGAUGGAUAAGGAGACUCUUCGGGAGCAUUUGAAGGCGGAUAAGAAGCCUCUCUCGGACGAUGCUCACCAAAACAUACUAAAAAGUAGCGUUUCAAAAGCAAAGUUAAAGCCUUUGGCAGGUAGCAGUUCUGUUUCACAACUUCCGAGACAUAAAGGAAAUCAUUAUUCAUAA